AUGGACAGGGAUAACGUGGUAGCCGGGACCGUGACGCUGAAGACACUCUUGUCGACUGGGUGGGAAGAAGAUGACGAACAAGAUGAAGAGAUACCGGCAGACUACCACAAGUCACUAGGGAGGGCCGAUGGUCUGUUGAACACGGCUAACGAGGUCUCUCGAGGCUGGGAUCAUUCAAACCUAUGGACGGGCGAUGAUGGCAGGGAAAGAAACCCCACCACAGCUAUAAUGGGCAACAUUGUUAACGGCGAUGAUGGUUACAUGAUUGCCGGCGGCAAUUUUGGGCCCGCGGAAGCUGUGAAAGACUUGCUCAAUCCUCCGCCGCAAUGGAUGUGGCCCACUACAAAAUGGACCGACGUCAUGGCAGUAAUGUGGGGCCAGUACGCGGCCGGCAAAGACCUCAAGCGCGUAUACCGAUCCGCUGUUAUCAUGCCCGAGACGAAAGACCUCAUGGAAUCGGCCCUGUUGAAGGUCAACAAGCUGCCGAGCGGUGACCUGGAUGAGUUGCCGCAGUGGCCUGGCGUUGAUUUCGUGCCGGGAAGAACCCCCACCAAGAUGCCAAUGACGCCUGCAGUCGAGGCCUUCAUGGGCUUGCUCGGAAGCUCUCAUGCCGCUGGUCCUGCGUACUUGGUCAUUCAAUACCGGGCCAUCUUUGGCAAGAAGAGGAUUAACAAGAUCAAGAUUUGGCGAUCUGAGAACAAGCCGGUGGCGAACAUGCUGCUCUACAUGGAGAGCCUUUGA